UUCACAUUUUCCACCGUGUGUGGAGGAUAAUGAGAGAAAUUUCGCCCAUUUUUGAAAGCACGCGAGCUUUUUGAGCAAUCGUAAACUUUGUCGAGUCGCCUAGGUAAUUAAUGGAAUGAACAGAAGAAGAAAAAUUCCAAAGCUCAGGUAUUUUCAGAGAGGGAAAACGGAUGUUAUAAGGAGAAAGAAUCGAGAUGGGAACAAUUUUCGGAGAGAGGACUCGGUACCUUCGACAAGGCCAAUCGGAUUUAUCUUUUCCCGAUUCUUACGUCCGCUUUGCAUGUGUCCGUUUCUUCCCCACAAUUCGCUUUGCGUCGGAAUCUCAAUUGCCAGCGAAGUACCUAGGUAUCCCCACCCUAUCUUGUAGAAACCCGGCAAGUUCUUGCGUUGACGUAUCGGAAUCUAUCAUGGAAUAUUCUUCGCUUAAUUUAUUUUUACGUACGACACAGCAUAUGUUCUGUCUCGAUUUUACUGUUCGUUGCUUCUUGGUGAUGGGUUUUUUUCUUUUUUUCGUGGCAGACAGACAUCUGAAGAGAAUACGGUACGUUGAGAUGCUUGAGACGAGAACAGGAAAACAUCAUCAGAUAAAGAGGGAACAGGCCGGGUUCAAUGUUUUUAGAUAUGGGAAUGGCGUAACGGAAAGUAAAGUGACUGGGGUCGAAGUUGAUGGGACGGACGACUCUGUAAAGGUUGAACGUUAAACACCAUGAUAAUGUAUCGUCAUAUAUUAGACGCGAAGAAGAAAGCCAUAACUGGUGCCGGAAACCUAAACACAGGGCAAGCCCCAUCACCACAUGGCCACUGGGUGCCCUGAACUCUUUUGUCGUUCGAAUC